CAACAGGACUACAAAAACAUUUAACAUGGCCUUUUUUGUUACAACUAUAGACUGCUGGUACUAAUGUCAAGGAAAGGACGAACCUCAGUGUUACAGGCGGAGACGAAUAGUAAUGCCUUGCGCGCUUGAUUAACGAGUCAAGAACAGGCUCGGCAGCUGGGAUAAGUGCUAUAAGGCCGAGAAGCUUGAUCCAUCUACGGUUUGAGUUAUCUUCAAACCAUUCAUAAUCGUCACAUCAACACCGAAACAGUCCAUUUUCACUGUGAAAGGUUAGGACAUCAUUUAGGGAGUACGGGUCGCGGCCAAAUUCACUGAUUCACUUUGUGAAAUCCUACGCGUGCCUUAUCUUAAUAACGAUGUCAGAACACACCGCGUUGAGUUCUUCGUCUAAUGCCGAUGACAGAAGAACUGUCCAGCAGAAUGAGGGCCCAUCAUCAGGAACUGCGGGCACAAAGCGGGCCGCUCGCAGCCGCGGGGCCACCUCUCGGCCCGUGAAAUCUGCGUCCACCUCCGCUAAGAGAAUUCAACGAGAACUGGCUGAAAUUGCCUUGGAUCCUCCACCAAACUGCAGCGCUGGCCCGAAGGGAGACAAUCUGUACGAGUGGAACUCGACAAUACUCGGCCCACCUGGAUCAGUAUACGAGGGAGGAGUUUUCUUUCUCGACAUUCAUUUUCCUUCGGAUUAUCCUUUCAAGCCACCAAAAGUUUCUUUCCGCACUAGAAUAUAUCAUUGUAAUAUCAACAGCCAGGGUGUGAUUUGUUUGGAUAUUCUUAAAGACAGCUGGAGUCCGGCUCUUACUAUAUCAAAAGUCCUUCUAUCCGUCUGCUCAUUACUCACAGACUGUAAUCCAGCUGAUCCCCUUGUGGGAAGCAUCGCCACACAGUUUGUCAACGAUAGGGAAGAACACGACAAAAUAGCGAAGGAAUGGACCAAACGCUACGCAACAUAGAAACUGGAAAAUUGAACAGAACAGCUACAAUUCAUCCAUCAGGUUUCCAGUUCAUGGCUCUAAUCAUGCACGUGGUGUUUGAAAAUUUUCCUCCGAGAUAACAAGUAGCGUUGUAUCCAGAUCUCGCCCUCUUAAAAAGAACGGGUGAGGCUUGGGAACGACAUUAGGAACGUGCGUGCGCCGUCUGAAAUGAACUAUUUUUGCUUUGGUGUUGUUGGAAAUAGAUAGUUUCGAGAGCGUUUUUUCUCUCUCGCUGAACGCUAACAUUAUAAGAGGUAAAUGAUUCUUGUGACACUCAAUGUUUUCAAAACCCAGUAAUUCAGACGAAUAUUUACAAAAUUUAAGAAAGGUUGGAUAAUUUAUUUUUCUUCUAAGAAAACUUAGGUAGAAAAGCGAGCUUGAAAAAUAUCUUUUCGAGGUAUUCUUCCGAGAGGCAUCUUUAAAUGACAUUCAUUUCGAUAAAAGUUUUGUCGCGAUUAACGACGUAACAAAAAUGCUGUUAAAAUUUGCAAUCUGAUAGAAAGAAAAAAGGUUGAAAUAUUGUCAGACUAUAGGUGUGUAUAGAGGUUUUGCACAGCAGACAUGUUGGAUGG